GUCUCUUCCCUCCAUUCAGGUCUCAGGCUAGGUUCACAUCUGUGGUGUGGAUCUGCACAAAAAUCCGUGCAGGCGCACCACCCGCACAGAGGAAUGCGGACCCGCGGGCGGGUGCCAUUGGGGCGGACUGACCAUUUGGAAACUCGGGCACUGACCGAGGGCCCGGGGUUAGUAGGGGGCCCCAUGAGAUGUCCCUGGUACCUUUUUCAUAGGCUUUUUAGAGUUUGGGCAAGGACACAGGAGCCCCAUGAUCCCCUAUUGCCCGGGGGCCCCAUGAGUUAUCAGUCCGCCCCUGCACUGGCACAUGUAGCUGAAUUACUUGCCAGCUGACAUGGUCUUUGGGGAAAUUAAACAACUAAUAAUCGAAUUACAACAUUUCAUGAA